CUCAUUUCGAUCCCUUCCUUGAUUCACCGUUAAAAACAAAGCGACCCCGUUUUUCUUUCUCAAACGCUCACAAUGGCGACGAAUCCAACCGCAGCGGAGAACGUCGACACUAACUCAAACCCUAACGGGAGUACCAAAUCCUCCGUCUACCUCCAAGACAUGGAAGAGCUCAAGCGAGUCUUCAGCCGUUUCGAUUCCAACGGCGACGGCAAGAUCUCCGUCUCCGAGUUGGACAACGCUCUUCGCACCCUCGGAUCCGGCGUUCCGGUGGAGGAGCUUCAGCGCGUCAUGGACGACCUCGACACCGACCACGACGGUUUCAUUAACCUCUCCGAGUUUGCCGCCUUCUGCCGCAGCGACAGCGCGGACGGCAGCGCCUCGGAGCUCCGCAACGCCUUCGACCUCUAUGACCAGGACAAGAACGGCCUCAUCUCCGCCACGGAACUCUGCCAGGUGUUGAACCGCCUCGGAAUGAAGUGCUCCGAGGACGAAUGCCACAACAUGAUCAAAUCCGUCGAUUCCGACGGUGACGGCAACGUCAACUUCGCUGAGUUUAAGCAGAUGAUGAGCAACAAUUGCGCUAAUACUAGCAAUGGUGAAGGAAAAUAGAUUAGGCACUUUUCGAUUUGCGUCUUACUAGCUAGGCACUUUCCACAAUCUCUCCCAAACAGAUCUCUGCUUCUAUUAUGCUCUGUUAUUACUGUUCUACUAUUUUCUUCUUUAUAUUAAUAAUUGUGUUCAAUCCCUGGUCAGAAUUAGAAUUAGAAAACCUAAUGAAAAAUUGCUAUGGUUGCCGUUUUAGUUAAUCGUGAAUUUGUGUUGCGUUUUUCGUGAUUUUGUUACGAGUCGUGCUUGGCGGCGAUGAAAAGUUGAAUUCGUGAGAAAACGCUCGAAGUUAAUCUGUUUGUUGUCGCAGAAUUACGCUGUGAAGUUUUUAUUCUUGUUGAACGAAGGUGAAAAGGUUCUAACAGGAAUCUUGCUUUACUUGAGGCACACUGUGGAAUAUAUAAUGAAGAAGCUUUGUUGGUUUAAGGCGAGAGAAUUGUGUUCACAAGGCGUGGGGGGGCCGUGGAAUUGGGAUCGUGACCUCGGCUUAUGUAUUAAUCUUGAAUACGAUUUCUCAAUACACGUUAUUUUGUUC